AUGCUCAAUUCAGCUUUAUUAUGGAAGGUUUGGCUACGAAUAGAUAACUCGACUGACGAAGUAAACCAGCCAAUAUCUAUUCAAUUCGAUGAAAUAGAUACUAUUGAUGAUUUAAAGAGUAGGUUUUUCCAGAAACUAAGUUCAACUCGAUGGCGAGAAGUCAACGACAACGCUUCCAUUGCUAUAGGCCUAUAUACCCCCAAAUUUGGCAGUCAAACUGAUAAGACAGGUAACGGUGGCCCGGAUAAUGGUAGUGGCAGCGCUAGUAACCUCAAUGCUUCUAUUUAUAGUAACACUAAAAAUUCCAUGGUUCCAUUAGCAGGAACAUCAAGUCUCCCAAGAGACUUCACAAAAGACAAGAACGUACUCCAGCAUCCAAAGCCUACUCAGAAGAGAGGUGCAUUGUACGAUGUCUUUGGCGCUGUGCCAACAGCGCCAAUGACCAUUAAUCCAAAUUUUUCCCCCAACGAGGCACCAUCACCAAGCCCGCAAAGGCCUUAUUCUACCAGUCCGAAACAACUUCCAACAACAGCCAAGAGUCCAUUGCUGCGAUUUGCCUCUGUUUCACCCUACCCCAAAUUUCAUCCGGACAAUCAAAUCAUGACGCCAACAAGUCUGACGUACGUCUCACCACACAAUAAAAACAAAUAUGCCAGGCCUUUAGUAAGGAAAGGUUUAAACUACACGACAGAACCUAUUGGCGAUUCUAGCUAUAAAAUCAUCUUUGAACCUGAUGAAUUAGCUAUUAACGUAUACAAGGAAUUAUUCGGCACCAUGGGCUCUCAGUCUGCGUCACAAUCUUUGCUGGUGUUUUCAAAUGUUAAUUUACGCCAGGAUAUACCCCCUUUAGACAUCUUGAACGUGGUAGAUUAUGUUCMCACAAAUGAAGAAAUUUCACAGCAAACAAUGCAAUCUGUUGAAGGCUUUGGCAACCAAAUUUUUCCUGGAGAGCAACCCCCCAAAUCAGCAGAUAAUGAUGAAACAGAUUCAAAAGGUAAAGACAAUAGUAGUAAUCCUCAGGAAUUCAAACUAAUAGCUGAUGAAGAACAAUUAAGAAGGGCCUCACAAGAAUUGAAGGAUGAGGAAAAGGAUACUGAGUCACCUUGGCAAGCUAUUUUGCUGUUACCGAAGGGUUACAAGGGAGAGGUGGAUUUUCAAAACAAACCAGUGCUAUACACGGAUUCUGACACCAUCCUUCAUUCUGAACGUGCAGUUAAUACAGAAUCUCUUUUACAAGAAAGCGGUCCUCUCGAUGAAUCCAGCGUAGGUCUUAAUCAACCCCUUACAGAAUGCCAAAGAAGAAAGGACAACGUUACGCCCACAUCACCCUUAUUGACGAAUAGUCAAACACCACAUUACUCAAUUUAUAAUGCUCCCUUCGCAGUUUCAUCACCACCAGAUCCCUUACCAAAUCUCUUCACUACCACAAGCGAAAAGGUUUUCCCAAAAAUCAAUGUUUUAAUUGUUGAAGAUAACGUCAUAAACCAAGCAAUUUUAGGUUCCUUUUUGAGGAAACAUAAAAUUUCAUAUAAAUUGGCCAAAAAUGGCCAAGAAGCUGUUAAUAUUUGGAAGGAAGGCGGUUUGCAUUUAAUUUUCAUGGAUUUACAAUUACCUGUCCUAUCUGGUAUAGAAGCUGCAAAACAGAUUAGAGAUUUUGAAAAGCAAAAUGGCAUUGGCAUUCAAAAAAGCCUCAAUAAUUCACAUCCAAAUCAUGAAAAAUUGCCUUGCGGCAAGUUUUCUCAGGCUCCAGUGAUCAUCGUAGCACUGACCGCAUCCAAUUCCCAAAUGGAUAAGAGGAAAGCUCUCGUUUCUGGUUGCAACGACUACCUGACGAAACCGGUGAACUUACAUUGGCUGAGCAAAAAAAUCACGGAAUGGGGUUGUAUGCAAGCACUGAUUGAUUUUGAUGGCUGGAAACAGGGAGAGAGUAGGAUGACAGAUAGCGUAGUGGUCAAAUCUCCACAGAAACCAACCACACAUUCCAAUAAUGACUCCAAUACAUUCAAACAAACCACACCUAUUACACCUACUAAACAUAGUCCGGCAAGAAAAAACUCAAAUCUUUCGCCGACUCAGAAAUAA